AUGGAAAAAGCGUUUCGUAGUUGCCAAUGCGUGAGCUAUUGCGAGGAAAUGAAUGCUAAGCAUCGCAAGACAAUGGAAGAUACUAUUCGAAUCGUUGACGGAUAUCUACAAAAUCCACAAAAUGGGUACUUUGCUAUCCACGACGGACACGGGGGUCGUGCCGUGUCGACGUAUUUACAACGAGUGCUGCAUGAGAACAAUGCGACAGAAUUGCAAUUAGCUGACGAUGAUAGCACUGUGGAGCAGUGUAUUGAACGUGGCUACUUGAUGUCAGACAUGGAGUGCUGUCAGGGGUCGGUAGGUUCCACGGCAGUGACGGCACUGCUUUUAGAGGAAAAGGGCGUCAAGACCCUCUAUGUUGCCAAUGUUGGUGAUAGUCGUGCUGUGAUGAGCUACAAAGGAAAAGCGAUUCGGCUUUCAAAAGAUCACAAGGCUAGUGAGCACAAUGAGAUAGAGCGGGUCAUUCAACGCGGUGGCUUUGUCAUUCAACAUCGAGUGUCUGGAUUGCUGGCAGUCUCCCGGAGCUUCGGGGACCGGGAUCUCAAACAGUUUGUCGUCGCACGGCCGUACACCAGCGCGACACGAAUAGUACCUGCGACCGACUAUUCGUUCUUCGUGUUGGGAUGCGACGGUGUGUGGGAUGUUCUUAGUGACCAAGAGGCUGUGGACAUGGUGGGAUCUCUACCCAUUGCCCAGCAUUACCAAGCUGCGCAAAUUCUUGUUCAUGAGGCGCUAUCAAGGGGUAGUGACGACAACGUUACAGCCAUCGUGGUCUUUCUUUAG